AUGUCGAGAAGCCGAGUCGACUUCGACGAGCGGGAGUUUAGAGAGCCCAUGCGUCGCACCGUUGUCCGGGACUAUGACGAUGUGGAAAUCCGUCGCGAGCGUGAGCGGGUGAAUGACCGCAUCCCUGCCUUUAUGCGCGAGGAGAACAGGCGGGUCGAGCCGGGCCAGAUGGUGCUCAGGCAAAGAGAGAUUGAGACGGUUGAGCGACCCCGUCAGAGGUCACCCAGCCCGGCCGGGACCCGUAUCACACAGCGCGUAGUCCACCGGACCAGGAGCGUCAGCCCCCCGCCGAGGAGACUUGAAGAGGAUAUCCACUUCCGCCGCGUCGCCCGGGAACCCAGCCGUGGCCCUGGCGAGAGGAUCCGCUUCGUCCCGUCAAGGUCAUCCUCGCCAGAUACCGAAGUGCGGGAGCGAAUUCGGAUUACUGAGCGGGAAAAGGAGCGUGCUCCGAGCCCAGCCCCGCGCCCGCCGACCCCCAAGGUCAUCAAGGGGCCGACAGUGGAGAGAGAGGUGAUUACGCACUACCGGGAUAUCGACCACGGCGUUGUGGCAGUCCGUCCCCCGUCGCCCCCGCCCCCGCCGGUCCGUCACCGCGACACUGAGAUCGACAUCUACACCUCGCGGGGCCAGACAGAUAUUGAUAUCCACAAGCACUCUCACACUCACAGCCGCGGUCGGUCCAUCUCUCGGGAGCGGCCGUCACGGCGCGCCGCCCAGACCUGGGAGGACGAUGUCACCGUUCAUGCCGACCGCAAACACCUGCACGUCGACAUCGAGCGCCGACGGAGCGUAUCCAGGACCCGACGUGCCCAGUCCGCAGCUCCCCCGACCAUCGACUACGGCGAUGAGGAGUACGAGAUCACGAACAAGCUGGACUCGCGCGGCAAGAUGGGCGAGGCCUGGAACGGCAUCACCAAGGACUGGGCCAUCAUCGACGUGCCGCCCGGAACAGAGCGCGUGCGCAUGGACGGUGCCGGCGGUGCCUCGGCUGAGGUGACGUGGCAAAAGUACAGCGGCGUGCGCCGCGCCAAGUUUAUCCCCGAGCGCGAGGACAAGGGCUCCGCUGUGUCGUCGACCACCAGCUUCACAGAGCUGCGCGCUCCGGAGCGCGAGAGGCGCCUGAGCGUGCACGUUGUCGACAAGGACCGUGGUGUAAGCAGAGAGCGCGACGUCGAGGUUGAGAAGGUGACGGACCGCCGCAUCACCGUCCGUGGCUCGACGCCUCCGGCUCGCCGCCCGGAGACCUGGACUGAGAUCACCAAGGACCUGGUCUGCCGCGAGGCGAUCCAGGACCUCAAAUACGAAUUUGAGGAGACCGAGUACUUCUACUACAUCGUCGAGUACCUAUCCUACGAGGACGUCCUCCAGCUCGUGAAAGUUUCGGACCGCAUCCGCGCGGCGCGCAAGGAGCGCGCGCGCGAGAUCGCCUACGAGCGCGACUGGCGCGAGAACUACGACCACCGCGACAACACCCACCACCACGGCCACCGCUAA